GUGCUGCUGCUGCAUGGUCGUCCCGUGCUGCGCGAGCGCGGGGCAUGACCCCCGCACACGCACCCCCUCGUUGCUAUGCGUAAGACUUCACACGAUGGUGGAGACUCCACGUCUAUAACAAGUGUAACAGAAAAUGAGGUAAAGAAACCAGUGGUGGGCAUAAUGAAGAAAAGAAAUUCUAUAAAACGAAAGGUGCAAAAUUUCAGUCACGAAUCAGAUGAUGCUAUUAUUGAACCGCUAUUACAAAAAGAAAAAACGGAGAUUCCGAACCAAAGUGCCAAAUAUCUUUUGUCUAAAACUAAGACUGACUCUAUGGGUGAAAAAGAAAUCGAUAAAGUAAAACUAUUAUAUGAUAAUAAUCAUGAAAAACCUUCUCUAUCGUGUGCUCCUAGCGCAUUCGAAGGUAAAUCUCUAAUCAAUAACACAAAAGAAAAUCAUACAGAUAUAUCCUUUUCUAUUUCACCCACCACUAUAUAUAAUCAUAUGAACACAAAUAUUUUUGGUAGUUCUGAUGCAGCAAAGAAUAUAGCUUCACCAAAAACCCAAAUUCUUGUUGAAAUCGAUGGGAGUAAACAAAUAGGUUACAAUCCGAGCUCAUUAAUUUUUACAACAGCUAAAAUUCAUGCGGAUGGUCAAACAAAACAUAUGGAACCGGUACAAGUAACGCCAGUACCGAUUCUUUCAACGAUUGAAGGUAAUGUUGUAAAAUCUGCAAGUAUAAUUGAUAAUGAAAAUAAAAUUUUACCUGUAUCCGCUGCUAAAAUGACUACGGCCCUAAAUUCAAUUUUUGCCCAGAGCGCAAAUGAUCCUAAAGGUCUUAAUGAUCAAAAGCCAAACACAAGUGACUUUAUUUAUAAUAAUACAACAUGUUCAGAGCAAUUAAAUAAAUUGACAAAUAAAAAAUUAAAUGAAAAUAAAACUAUACAAAAUGUCUCCUCAGAUUGUGAUUUUAUUAAAUCUACAAUUGAAGAAGUUACUACAAUGCCAAUUAAAAUAAACAAAUCUGAGACCAGUACACCUUCUCAAAAAACUCCUAUAAGUAACUCAAAAUUAAGUGACAUAGAAAAAGAAAUUGGUACAUGUAGCACAGUCACAAAACAAGAUUCUUCUGUGAAUGUACAAAGUACCAUAGACGUGAAUAAAAAUAUUGAAUAUGGAAAUAUUCCUGACAAAAAAGUUCUUCCCGAUGUUUGUAAGGCAAAACAAUUACAACGUCAGAAUAAUGCUACAGUAGAAGAUGCAUGUGAUAAAAAUACGUUUUAUAAUAAUGAUACAAAAGAAAAAUCAUACAAAUCAUCCUCAGGUUUCAUUACUAAGUGUACUGUAUCUGAAACAGCAAAUGAGACAACAAAAAAUGUAGUAAAAAAUGAAAUAUGUUCUAAGCCAGCACCAGAAUCAUUAACUUCUUCAAUUACAUCAGCGAAGUGUUCCAAUGUAACACCAACAAUAAAAGAAACUACGACAACGAGUCUUCAAACGAUGGUAUCUAAUGGAGUAGUUGUUACUUCAGCAGAUAAGACAAUAACAUCGUGUACGUCCACCUCAACAAUUAUAACACCACUAUCGGAAACUAAGUGUUCUGCAUCGUCAAUUUCGAUGACUAAUAAAUCUAGAAUAUUUGAUCAGACUACUUCACAAGUGCAAUCUAUAGUUACUAGUACAACAACAACAUUGAUACCAGAUUUAUCAACUGAUAAAUCAAUUGGAAAACCUUUGACAACCGUCAUUAAUAAAUCAGCAAUAACUAAAACUACAUCUACAGAUUUAUCAUUUGGCGUAAAGUCACCAGCAACAUCGUCAACACAUCACAACAUAGUUUCGAUAACUGCGGAGGACAAAGUUUUAUCUAAUAAACCUGUUUUGACAAUGGCGUCGUCUAUGGUUAAACCUGCCUCAACACACAAACCUGCCUCAAGUAUAGAAUUGUCAACGGUUAAGCCUAAUAUAGUUACAAUAGCACCAAAUAAGUCUAUAACGACAACAGCUACAGUUGCUCAAGCUAUACCAACGAAAUCAUUGGUAAACAAAUCUUUAACCACAGUAAAUUCAUCAACUACUAAAUUAACAUCAGUUCAUACGCCAAUUAAUGUUACGACAUCAUUAUCUUCAGUACCAUCAAAAUUAAAACUAACAUCAACGUCCCUAUCGUCAGUGAAUAAACCUGUGACAUCUGUUUUAUCAAAUAAUAAACCUACAGUAACAACUUCGACAACGACAAGUGCAUCGCACCAAGAUAAACCUUCAACAGUUAAAACUGUACUUCAAAAACCCAUAGUUUCAUCAGGAAAUAAAACUUCAACAGUUAAUCCUACGGUGACUCAUGUUACAUCUUCAAAUAUAACUUUUACUGCAGUCAAAACUACGUCAUCGUUAGCGAUGACUUCCACUGCUCCAAUUGUGCCAACAACAGUCUCAAAUAUAUCAAUAUCUCCAAAUUCAGCGUCUACCGCAUUAAAGUCAACUAAAAUGACAAAAUCUAAGACGGACAAUACAACCAGAUCUGCCAAAUGCUCUGAAAAAUCGCAAGAGAAGACGAACUCUACAACCAAUACUUUGUCGACGUCUAAAAAGAGUUCAACAACUGCUGUGAGUGAAGAACCGACAAAUGUACUAUCUGCCACAAAAACUACACAUUCAAGAAAACCUUUAGUUACGACUGAUAAUUCAGCAGUUACGAGUAAACAGUCGUCAGUAAAACCCACCACAACUAAUAUUAGCAUUUCCACGGGUAAUUCUGUUAAUACUUCACAAAGUGCAAAUGAAAAGCCUGUUACAUCUACAUCAUAUAAACAAAAUGAAAAAUCUAAUGAACAUAAAAAUUUUAAUGCUUAACAUUUAUCAUACAAUAGAUGAUUCCGCCGCUCAAUCCAAGGUGAUAAUUACGAGUAUCUUUGUUAUUAUAAAAAAAAUAUACCUACAUAUAAAAACAUAUUAUAUUGUCAUUCCUCUAUGUAACAUUUGUACAACACAGUAAGUGUUGCAAAAGUAGAAUAGAUAGUUAGGUACAUGUUAAUAAAACACUUCGAGUUUAGAAAUUAAUAAAGUCUUUGUCAGUUGAAAGAAAUAAUUAAAAUAGUUGAAUAGUUUGUACAUACAAGUAUAAAAGUAAUAAAGAAGUGUAGUCUGCGAAUUAGAUAUUAUUACGUACAUCUGGGACUGUUGGAUCUCACACAUUAAAAUUUUGAAAAAAACACAUGUGAAGGGCUAAGGGGUAAUAACAACUUAAAUAAUUUGGUUCAGGGUAGACUAUAUAAAAAUAUUUGCAAUAUGAUAAUUCUGCUCAUAAAAUGAAAGGAAUUGACAAUGAAAAAGAACUUUAUAUUAUAAUUUUAAGAGAAAGAAAAAUUAUGUAUUCAUUUUCUAAUAUAAUAAUUAUCAAGUCAAGUCAUUUAAUAUUUUUAUUUACAAUCACAACAAGAUUGAGAUUGUAAUGCAAUUACAAUUAUGUAAAUAUAUCCAAAGCUUCGAUUUGAUAGUAGGUUAGUGGUGCUACGAAAGACAACAAUAUUUUUCAUAGACAAUAUUAUAAUAUUUUCGAGACCAUUUAGAGAUGAUUUCAUUCAUCUCGCACAUCGUCAAUUUAUACAAUUAUUUAAUGAAAGAAAAUGACAAACAUAUUUAACGUUUCUACUUUAUAUUUAUCUCAUGAACAAAGAGAGAA